GCAAUUUGGACUUCAUUGAUGGGCUUUGGGUACCGAUGCCUUGGAAGCUGAGACAGUCUCCCACUUUGUCUGCAGCCAAAACGGGCUCCUUGGCUAGCCAAAGGGACAUGCUUGUGGAUAAUGACGAUGAUGAUGAUGAUGAUGAUGACGAUGACGAUGACGAUGACAAUGACAAUGACAAUGAAGAAGAAGAAGAAGAUAUCUUUAAACAUCCUAAGAAGCACUGUAGUCCAAGGAAUAUAGGAUUAAACUGGGAAUCAGGAGACCUGGAUUAAUUCCUGUCUUUGUCACAGAUCUGCUGAAAGACUUUGAGCAAAUCAUAUAAAUGCUACAUCAGUUUUGCCUCCUGUCCUUUUUCCAUCUUGUCUAUUGAAAAUGUCAGGGUCUUCACAGUCAGCACUCUUAGGGUAUGUCUACACUACCACCCUAGUUCAAACUAGGGUGGUUAAUGUAGUCAUUAGAAGUUGCAAAUGAAGCCCGGAAUUUAAAUACCCCGAGCUUCAUCUGCAUCUUGCCGGGAGCCGCCAUUUUUAAAUCCCCGUUAGGAGUAACGAUAGUUUGAACUAGAAAGCCUAAUUCAAAUUACCUACUCUGUGCCGCGUGUAGCCGCGGGCAUGGAGUCCGCACUAACAGGGAUUUAAAAAUGGCGGUGCCCGGCAAGAUGCAAAUGAAGUUUGAACUAGGGUGGUAGUGUAGACAUAGCACCUAGAGUGAUGGACCAUGAUCCCAGUUAGUGCCACAGGUGCCCCCAUAGUGCAAAUAAUCUGUCUGUGUACUCAUCGAACAAUAGUUUCAUAUUUUAUAAUUAUACACUAUAUUUGCAACUAACAUAUAUAGUUUAUAAGAGGAGGUUGAUUUUUGUCUGGUUUGAGUUUUUCUUAUAAAAUUUAUCGUAAGCUUAUAGACCAUGUGCACAUUUUUAUCUUUUAAUCUUUACCUCUUUUAAACUCCUACUAGAAGUACUCAACAAUAGAAUUGUAACCAUUUCAGGAGACAAAACUGCAACAUAGCUUUUUUCUGACUUAUUUGAAAUAGAACUCCAAUUUUUAAUGGAGUGGACACUUAAUCUUUUAACUGUGGCUGACAAAUAGUGUAGUAAGAGGAUAGCUAAUAAAGUAACAUGCUGCCAUCUGUGCCUGGAAUGCUAUUGAAAAACAAAGCAACAAUACUUGCUUCAUUUAAAACCUUCCUGAUCUAUAAAGCAGGAAGUUAUCUACUCAAAUUAAUUUGCCAGAGAUAUAUGCAUUAAAUGCUCAUAAACUAAAAGAAUCGACUUAAUCACUGUAGCUAAGUAAAUCUAUCUAGAGCAGGGGUGGCCAACCUGUUACAGAUGAAAAGCCAAAAUAGUGGUAGAUACAGUACAAAGAGCCGAGGGAAAAAAAGUUGUUGAAAAAAAAAAAAA